AUGCAUCACCGCAUUGUAAAAGGAACGUUAAUAGUGAGCGGUGUAUUGGGUGUAGUCGCUGGCAUCCUAUUUCUAACCUGUAAAGAUCCACACCUUAUAGAAUUCAUAUUUAUUGGGAGAUUUCUAGUUGGAUUAUCGUCAGGUCUAAUAACAGGAGUUAUGCCCAUGUAUCUCUGUGAAAUAGCGCCACCCAAUCUGAGAGGGGUGAUGGGUGUCCUGCCCACUAGGACUAACAUUUGGCGUUUAAGCCCUAAAUACUUGUAUCAUCAGGGACUCAAACAGCGGGCUUGCCGAGAUAUGUCACGACUGCGAGGCGAGCCGCUGGACUCUGUGUCACGUGAGCUAGAGUCUCAGGGCGCCCUGAACGAGAUCACAAGUGAGGGAUGGACCAUUGCUCGACUCCUGGCCACACGCAACCUGAGGCUCCCUCUGGCCUUGACUUGUGCCUUGCAGGCUGGCCAACAGACCAGUGGCAUUAAUGCUGUUUUCUACUACUCGAUGAAGAUCUUCGAGUCGGCCGGUUUGAACGUGGCUGAGCAACAGUACGCCAGUCUCGGCGCUGGAUUGGUGAACUUCGGGGUGGCUGUCAUUAUGCUUCCCCUCGUCAACAAACUGCCCCACCGCAAACUCACCAUUAGCAGCUCUUGCCUCGCCACCCUAACCCUCUUCCUGCUCACUAUAAGCAUCAGUUAUAUUAAAACCUACUAUUGGAUGCCAUAUCUGUGUGUAUUCUCAGUGAUGUUCUAUGUGCUGGUCUAUGGCAUUGGUCUGGGGCCUAUCCCAUACUUUAUCGGAAGUGAACUGUUUGAGGUGGGCCCGCGGCCGUCGGCAAUGGCGCUGGGCAGUGUUGCCAACUGGACGGGCAACUUUAGUGUGGGCAUGCUGUUUCCCUCACUGCAACGAGUCAUGGGUCCCUACUCAUUCCUCAUCUUCGCCUUUUGCACUUCCCUGCUCACCAUAUUCCUACAUAUGUUCUUGCCUGAGACCAACCCUCGCCACAUGUAUGAGAGAGAGGAGAGUCAUGAGAGCACAAACACUUGUCAACAGUCCACAACAGACAGGAUGCUCUUCAAAUCCAUUCAUGAUUUGUGACCUAAUACUAGUAGUAAACAGCAUAGUAAUUUGGCAACCAUUCAUGAAGUGGCGCCCAAUGUGGGACCUGUAAAGUCCAUUCAUGGAUUGUGACCUAGUACUUGCAGUAGUAGAUUG